GGGAGGAGCGGCGGCGGGGCGGGGCGAGCACCUGGACCGGGAGCGCGGGGCCGGAGAGCCGCUCCUGGCGGCCAGGUGGGGAGCGAGGUCUGUAAUCAGUCUUCCCAUUAACAUAUUAAUGAAGCAGUAGAGACAAAAAGAAGGAAGAUUUCAUCCUUCAAACCAAGGACUUGUCAUGUCUUAUUAUCACAAUGAAGCCUUUGAAAAUCCAGACUACCACUUCUCAGAGACACUGGAAAUUGAUAGAAGGGGGAGCUCUCAAAGGAAUCCAUUCUCUCACCAAGCUCCUUAUGAUUCAUCUCUGCAUGAUUCCUAUGGAGAGCACAGAGGGAGGGAGCACAACUACCCUGUGACCAUCCCAAUGUCCUCCCUGGGACCUGGCUCUGACUACAGCCAGGAUUUACCCAGCACAAGUCCAUAUGGAAAUUUCACAGACAAUCUUUCCUUUGAGCCUGAUCCAGAACUGACUUACACCCCACGUUCUACCUGCCAUCUGCUGGAUUAUCCCUAUACUCAGGGAAUUUACAGUGGAUCAGAAGACAGCUUCAUUCGGAGACGCAACCGCAGACCACCUGAUGAGAUCUUCACGACUUCUUCCAGCAUAUUUGAAACAGAUCCAGUGAGCAGUGAAGGUCGUGCAGAGGAAAAUUUAAUCAGAGAUCUUGCAAGCAUGUCCACCAAAGAAAGGAUUAAAGCAAUCCAGAAGAGGCCAGAAACCAUGAGAGAAAAGAGAGAGCUCAGAAACAAAGUUCUUAAAGAAAUAACAAAUAAAGCAAGGCAGCGUGGUGAUCGACCUUCCUGCUGUACACAGUGUCUGCAAGGAGCAGCAGUGUCAUUUCGACGAUUUGGAAAUACCCUCUCAGAACGUUUUCAACAACUGCGGGUAUGGCAGAAGAUUCUGAAGGUCAUUGGUGCUGAGUUCGGAACAAGUGUUCUGUCUUACUUUGUUUUCUUGACGUGGCUGCUAAAUUUUAACAUCUUCUCAUUCCUCAUAAACUUCAGUUUCAUCAUAAUUCCUCAGUUUCUUGCAGCAGAACCAAAUAACCUUUCAUUCACGGGCCUGGAACUGUUCACUGGAGCUGGUUAUUUUCAACAAACAGUGCUCUACUACGGCUUUUACACCAAUGCUACAAUCAGUAAAAUAGAGAAUGGUCCAUCUUACAACAUGCAGCUGGGCUAUAUUUUCACUGUUGGAAUAUAUUUUCUCAUCUGUUUUCUUAUCUUGUUGUUCAGCAUGGCAAAAUUCUUCUCCAGGAACUUCAUUCAGCCUCAGAAAUUCUCUGGGAAUGCCAGCAAGCUGCUCUGCACUUGGGACUUCAAUAUAACCAAUGAAAAAGCUGUGAAGCUGAAACAAAAGAAUCUCCACACACAAAUAAAGGAAGACCUUGCUGAAGAAAACAAAGAAGUUCUAAAUUUUUCUGCAAUGGAGAGAGUUUGUCGUAUUGCUACUCAUCUUCUUGCUUGGGUUGUUUCCCUGGGAACAGCAGUAGCUGCUUGUGCUGGUGUUUACUUCCUCUCCAUUAAUAACCUCGAGCUGUUUAUGAAAGGAUAUAGCAAUGACUUAGAGGGCCAAGGUGCCAUGUUGGUGCUACCUGUGAUUGUAUCUCUCCUCAACACAUUGAUCCCAUUCUUCUUCUCCUGGCUUGGGCACAUGGAGAAGUUUCAGACUCCCGGACAGCACCUAUAUAUCACUAUUACCAGAAAUAUCAUCCUGAAAAUGUCAAUUGUUGGAAUACUGUGCUAUUACUGGCUUAACAUCGUGGCUACUUCAGAGUCACAGUGCUGGGAAACUUUGGUUGGCCAAGAUAUCUAUCGUCUUGUUCUAGUUGACUUCAUUUUUUGUUUGCUUGGCUCUUUCUUUGGAGAGUUUUUACGAAGAAUUAUUGGAACUACAGUCUGCCUGAACCUGGGGCUGCCAGAAUUUGAUAUUGCACGAAAUGUUUUAGAUUUGAUCUAUGCACAGACUUUGACCUGGAUUGGUAUCCUGUUCUCACCAAUGUUGCCUGGUAUCCAGAUGAUAGCAUUUUUUAUAGUGUUUUUUGUGAAAAAGGUCAGUCUGAUGAGGAAUUGCCAGCCCCCUCGCAAAGUCUGGAGAACUUCUCAAAUGAUGACAUCCUUCAUCCUCCUGCUGUUCUGUCCUUCCUUCCUUGGAGUCCUGUCUGUCAUUGGAGUCGCUGUGUGGAGGUUAAAGCCUUCAGAAGGAUGUGGUCCUUUCAGAGGUUUGCCUGCUAUGUUUUCUGCAGUCACUGAGUGGGUAAAAUCACUGGAAAGUUACACUGCCUCAAAAUGGGUUGCCUGGAUCUACCGUAACUUAAUUGCAAGUGAACUUUUCUUCUUCAUCCUCUGUACUUUUUUACUAGUUGUUAUUUAUCUUUACUGGGAAAUAAUACAAGCAAAAAAGACCAUGGCCAAAGGCUUACGUCAGCAAAUUGAGAAUGCAGGGGAACAUAAGAAAUUUCUACUCAAACAGCUACGGACACUGGAAAGGGAAAAACGAAGCCACCAGAGGAGCUCCUCUUCAUACCACCCAUCCAGGCAGCCUGCCCAGGAGGUGCCAGACUACCUAGAAAGUGAAUUUGACAGAAACCAAAACACACCCUACAAUGAGCAUCCCUUUUCUGCUGGGAUCUCAAGCAGCAGUGAAUAUCUACCAGGCCAGGAGCCCGGCGCGUCCCGGGCCGUGCUGCUCGCCCGGCUCGCCAGGGCAGCCGCGCUGCAGGAGGACAGCGAUGGCAGCGGGGGAUCCCAGCCCUGAGCGGCACCGCAGCACCGAGGGAGCCUUCGGCAGCAGAAGGCAAUCCUCUCCUGUAGUAACGGCUAAAAGAAUCACCCAAAGCUCUUUUUUUACGUCUUCAUGGAAGAACAAAUAGAAAAACAGAUUGCAAAAUGUGUCGGGACUUCUUUUUUUUUUACUGUGCUAGGGAAUAUCCGGCUGUUGGGUGCUUUUGCAGCAGUAUUUGGUGACAGCCUUCCCCCCGCACUGGCAUCACCUCACUGCAGUACGGCUCCCUUCACCGCUGACCACGUGUUGUUUGUUGACUAACUAUAAGGAAACUUGUGCCUAACUGCAAAUAACAGUUGUUUAAAAAUAUUUUCCUAACAGCUUUUAUCUGAUCUAAACCAAAGCUGAAGUAUUGGUCAAAUAAACAGAAGUAUAUUAAGGUGCAGUUAUUUUUAAUGACUGAGAUAUUGUAAUGCCUGUGAAUAGCUUGUGUGAACUGGGUUUGUUUUUCUGAGCCAUUUUUAUAGUUUAUUACAGUCACUUUGGUGAAGCCAUUAGAACUAAGAGUGACUACUUAUGAGAUUCUCAUCUGUGUAAAACUACUGCUUGUCAACUGAAAGUUUACAUGUCUUUUCCUAUAAAAGAUUGAUUUGAAGUAA